AUGUGUCUACGCUCUGGAGCUUUACACUUUCGAAUGCACGACGCACACGAAGACCCGCUUGAAGCAACGGACGAGGACGAAUGGCCGCUUGCUGACUAUCCAGCAGACACUGAGACACUUGAUUUGAUUCAUUUGAAGCUGAAAGAAGUUGUUUCUCUACAUCUUGAACGGUUUUUAGAGCUUAAAGUUCUAUGUUUGCGGCAGAAUCAACUUGAAGAAUUUCCAGAGCCAAGGACUCUGCCGCGCGGGCUCGAGGAGCUUGAUUUAUACGAUAACAAUAUAACAGAAAUUCCAGAAUAUACAACAUUUGGAGAAUUACAUACGCUUGAUCUUAGUUUUAAUUGUAUUAAACACAUCCGGAACCUUGAACGCUGUAAAAAGUUAAAGAAUUUAUAUUUCGUACAGAACAAGAUAUCUCAAAUUACAGGAUUAGAAGAGCUUGAAGGGCUGGUUAACCUCGAACUGGGAGCAAAUCGUAUCCGUGUAGGUGUGGUAAGGCAUGAUAUGGCAAGAAUUAAUGUAUUAUUUGGAAGACGAUUGAGAAUUUGGAAAAAUUGGUUUAUUGGAAGGGGAUUAGGAGAUGAAAUGCUGAUGAAAUGGAUAGGGCUUGGAAACACUUCAGAAUCUUCCGGGCUUGAGGCGUUAGCCAAUGUGUUAGAGGAGUUAUAUCUGUCACACAAUGGUAUAACAUCAAUUGAAGGGCUUCGGAUGUUGAGACGGCUCCGGGUACUUGAUAUUUCGAACAAUAAGAUUGAGAAUUUAGAACAUAUUAAUCAAAACGAAGAUCUACAAGAACUCUGGGCGAGUUAUAACCAGCUUUCUGAUUUUGGGAAUAUUGAAAAAGAGUGUAAAAGUAUGAAAAGAUUAGUGACAAUAUAUCUUGAAGGAAACCCUUUACAAAAAAUGAACGAAUCAACAUAUCGAAAUAAAAUAAGACUUAUUCUUCCUUGGAUUAAACAGAUAGAUGCUACAUAUGUACAAAUAUAA